UCCUCCAGAGCGAGAAGAACGAGGUGAAGCAGAAGUGGGCCUCCCGUCUCCUGGGCAAGCUCCGCAAGGACAUCACGCAGGAGUACCGGGAGGACUUCGUGCUGUCCAUUACGGGGAAGAAGCCGGCCAUGUGUGUGCUGUCCAACCCCGACCAGAAGGGGAAGAUGAGGCGCAUAGACUGUCUCAGGCAGGCCGACAAGGUGUGGCGCCUGGACCUGGUGAUGGUGAUCCUGUUCAAGUCCAUCCCGUUGGAGUCCACGGACGGGGAGCGGCUUGAGAAGAGUCCCGACUGCCUGCACCCCGCCCUCUGCGUCAACCCUUACCACAUCAACGUGUCCGUCCGCGAGCUAGACCUCUACCUCUCAAACUUUAUCACCAUGAACGAAAGUUUAUCUGGAAUCGUCUUAGAAAGUGAUAAAGACGACGAAAGAAUGAAAAGCCACCCGGUGCAUAGCGUGGCGUACAACGGCAUCAACGGCAUCAUCUACAACAGCACCAUCCUGGCCACGGGGUGCUUCUCCGCCAGGGAGUUGUGGCGGCUAUCGAAAAGUAGCGGUGGGGCGGCCGUCAACACGAUCAAGAUGGAGAACCCGACCUACUACACCACCUACACCUCGCCCGUGCCUGACCACACCCUCAUGCCCGCCGCCUACACCACCUACAUGGAACGGGCUGACAGCCCGCUAGCGAUGGGGCGGCCGCACGACCCUCACUCCCCGCUGGAGCCCCGCAGCAAGAGAGUGCGUCGGGUCAGCUCUGAGGAGGACCCGAUGGAGAAGGCCGACCUGGCGUACUACUCGCAGUCCCCCGCCUCCCUCUCCUCCCACGCCUCCUCCUGGCACUCCGACCUCGACCACGGUCCCCCCCCGGUGCACUCCCCCCACCUGGUCCACAGCGGGGGCAAAGUAACCAUUUCCGCCUCAGGUGCGCUCCCCCCGGUGGUAGUUAGAACCAGCUCCUCGGUAGCCCCCCCCUCUAGUCAGGACCCCCCGCCCCCCCCACACACAAGAGCAGUUGUCUCCCCCCAGCCCAGAGAAGUCCUGCCGCCCAUGUCGCUGAGCAGCUCUGUGAUGGCGGGCGCCCCCAGCUACUACCACGAGGCUGGCCCGCCCUCGCCCACCAAAUACCACGAAAACGGCCACGACACAUUCUCGGACUUCGUGACUCUGGUGUGUCAGGAGGCGCAGAACACACAGCACGCACAGCAGGCGUCCCCCCCCGGCGUGGCCCGUAGCCCCACCAAGGUCCAGGGCAGCUACUACACCACGGGGUCCAUGCUGCCCCCACCACCCCCGCCCCCCAUGGCCCGCCCCGUGGCCAUCAUCAGGUCCACAGCUGACCUGGCCCACAGUGGCAGUGUGUCGCCUGGCCCUGUGUCCCCGCCCAACGCUGGUGCUGGAGGGGGCGGUGCCAUCCUGCCUGACGUGUCCCCCCCAGACCGCCGCGAGGAGUGCCUCAGCCCCCCGCCCCCCUCCACCUCAGCCCCCCCAGUGUCCCAGGUGUGUGUGUGUGGGGACGCUUCCAGUGCUUGCUUGGGGGGGGUGCGUGUGUACCAACAGGACGGCAACCUCCGCCUCCUUAUACCCAACACCACCACCACCACCUCCACCACCACCAGCCGCUACCACCAGCACCACCACCACCACCACCAUGACCCCCCCUCCUCCCCCUCCCCCAACCACCACCACCACCACGAGCAUGGACAGCUGUUCACGUACUCCAGCAUGUCCCCGGUGAGCGCCAUGUCGGGGGUCAUCUCGCCCACCAGCAUGAGCCUGUUCACGUCCCCGGGCAGCACGCCGCGCACCACGCCCCGCUCCACGCCGCCCGCCGUGCCCCGCUGGAACACGCCCUUCAUCAGCCUGGACGAGACCAUGGACUACACCACCAUGUCCACGCUCAUGCCCACGCUGCCCGCCGACGCCACCUCCGCCCAGCUCAUUGAAGACGAGCGUUACUUCACCACGGUGGUGCACAGCGGAGAGGCGGCGGGGGCGGGGGGUCCCCAGGGGGUGGCGGCGACCUCCGCGGGGCCGCAGGACCCCCUGGACGACAGCCCCGGGGCCCCCCACACCCCCACCAAGAGCCAGACCUCGUAACGCCCCCCUCCCCCCACGCGGCGGCGGCCGGCGGUGGGCUGAGGGGCUGCGGCCGUCCCCUGUGGUCCGGGCGUCCCUGGCGGCCCUCCCUGCACCCUGCCGAGGCCAACCGUCCUGCCGCGCAAGGUCUGGCCCUGGACCGGCGGCAGCGGACCGUCCCUCCACGCCCUGCCCUGCGGAACCGCGCCGCCGCCGCCGCCGCCCAUAGUGCAAAUGAAGCAGGCCGUGCCAACCCUCACCUUCAGGACCCCGAGACUUACUACCCCGCGGCCACGCUGCCCGGUGCGGCGCGGCGCGGCGCUGCAUGACGCCGCGUGUAGUGUAGCAGCAGCAGCAGCAGCAGCUCAGCAGCCAUGCAGCAGCCAUGCAGCAGCAGCCACCGUAGUGCUGUGACCCUGCCGUGCAAUAACUCACACACACACACACACACACACACACACACAUCGCAGUGCAGAUAAAUGAUUGUGGUGACGGAACACACAAAAAUAAUAAUGAUAAUAAUAAUAAUAAUAAUAACCUAGUACUACAGUCCAGUGAAUCACAGUGCCAGCAGCAGCAGCAGCAGCAGCAAGAUGCAAUACGCAAGUCUACGCAAUAAUGAGUAUCGUGUAAGUCGCUUCGUAGCUUUGACGCAGAGUGAUUAGCGUAACGUAUUGGUUGUGCCAUUUGUAGUCCCGGCGAGGAGGAGGAGCAGGAGGGGGUGGGCCUCCCAAGCACGGUGCUGAGGCUAACGGGUGCUGGUGGUGGUGACGGUGCUGGUGCUGCGGUGGUGGUGGUGGUGGUGGUGGUGGCGGUGGCGGUGCUGUGCUCAGGACGUGCAAGGAGUACAAAAUUGAAGAAAAGAUAAACAGAAAAUAUAUUAAUGAUGAUAAUAAUAAUGAUAAUAAUAAUAAUAAUAAUGGUAAUAAUAAUAAUAAUAAUAAUAAUGAUAAUAAUACUGUUUCCCGCGGUACGUACCCACAAACAAACGGCUCCUGUUGUUACUCCCUCACUCACCAUAAUAUUCUCAGUUUGUUUGUUUGUUUGUUUGUUUGUUUGUUGUGUGCCGUGCCGUGCCGUGUUUUCUUUGAUCUCUGUACAGAGUUUGUUGUUAUUUAUGAAGGCCGACACUGUUGAGCCGCGAGGCUGGCCGCUGACAUGUAGGGCGUUGGCGAGCCCUCCCUCCCCCCAGCCAACACUGCUCACGCCCCAAGGGAAGGUUCGGCCGCGGCGUGUCGUGUGUCGUCCCGCCGGGCUGUUGUUAUCCCUCGUGGGUCCGGUGCGCCGUGCCGCGAGGCUCCGUCGUCUUCCUCGCCCUGCUCCGGGGCGCCGCAGCCUCCGCACGGCUACACGGCCCCCGCGUGCUAGCAUGUCGGCACGCCCGCCGCAGCGCCGGGCGGGUGACACACGCGUGAACAGUGUCCUGCUAGCGGUGUGACCGCCGUCAGGGGCGAGCCGCCCCCCGGCACAGACAGACGCCGGGCCCAGCCUUUCAUCAGGGCGCGGCGGUGCUUGGCGCGGCAGGCGUGGCGCCGUGAUGGGCGCUGCGCGGCGGGCCGUGCUGGCGUGUGCUGGGCCGUACGUGGCGGCUGUGACAGGCAUGCGCGGCGCCCACGCCCGCUCUGACAGGCGUGACAGCAACAUGCCAUCACGCUGAACACAUCACGGCGUGGGCGGCAGCACCGCGUCAAGCCGACUCUCGUCACGCUGACCCGGCCGCCGCCUGUGUGCCGCCCAGCGACUAACACACCACGCAACACACCCACACGACACACACCCAGGCACGCCCUGGGUAACACUAUCACGACCCUGGGCACGCGAGGAGCAAUGAGUGGCCGCUGUGGGGGCGUUCAGCGCUGGUAGAGUGUGAGUGGGUGUGUGGGGGUGCGGGUGUUGGUGGGGGUAGUGGUGAGGCAGGACCACUGGUGCCGUGACGCGGUGUAGGCAGGCCGUCCAACUAAGCAGGGGAGAGGAGGGGGAGCAGGGGAAGGAGUGAGAGCAGCAGGAGCAGGAAUAGAUCAACGAAAACGAGCAGGAAGAGUAAGCAGGGCGAGGCGUAGCAGGAGCAGGAGUAGCAGAAGUAGGCGAGGCUUGGAAGCGCUCAGAUUUAUGUGCCGAAAGAAUCAAUAGUGUUUUGUGUUGUGUUGGGAGCCGGGGGAAGGGUGAGGCAGGCCGGGAGCGUGACCCCCACGAGCAGACAGGCAGGCCACUAUUUCUGUAGUCCAGGAGAUGGGUGUGAGGUGCAGGCUAAGAUAUGUAGGGCGUGCAGGCCGUGACCAUACCCGACAGACAUACUCAAGCAGGCCACAAUAUAAGUAGGUUUUGAGCUGAGUGCAGGCCGUAAGAGUAGGUUUUUGAGACAUGGAGUGGAUGUGAGGUGCAGGCCGCCACUAUACCGCCCCCUCCCCCCCACGAGCACUCAAGCAGGCCAUUAUAAACGUAGGUUCUGAGCUGAGUACAGGCUGGCAGCGUAACCUACCCCCUCACACUCAGAGAAGCAGGUUGAGAUGCGUAGGGCGUGCAGGCCGUCACCUCACCGUACCCCUCACACACACAUACCCGAGCAGGCCGCAAUAAAAGUAGGUUCUGAGUGCAGGCCGCAGCCACUAGUAGGCCUACGUAGCAGUCCGCAUGCUGUGAUACUUCAGGUAACUUGUAUAUUAGCCCCCUAGCGUCCAGUCCAUAGGCCUACCCGUAGCGUUGAGUGCAUAGGCCUAGUGUAGCGUCCGCGCGCCUAGCAUGUAUAAGGUAGGCUGUUUUUAUGAGGCCCAUAGGCAUAUGUAUAGUCUUGUAGAGAGUUUUAUAGGCCUAAGAGUAGAGUUAUAUAAGAAAGGAUUUAAAUAUUAUUCGGUGGAAGGGAGGGAGAGAGAGAGGGAGAGAGGAGCUUCCUGUGUGUGUGUGUGUGUGUGUGUGUGUGUGUGUGUGUGUGUGUGUGUGUGUGUGACAUUAGUUCCUAGAGAAGGUGCUUGAAGGGGUCAAAUUUGGUGCUGAGAGAGAGAGAGAGAGAGAGAGAGAGAGAGAGAGAGAGAGAGAGAGAGAGAGAGAGAGAGAGAGAGAGAGAGAGAGAGAGAGAGAGAG